ACUAGUUGGUAACCCUAAACAGAAAAUGUAAUCCUGUGGCUACGAAUAAAUUAAAAAAAAGUAAUCCGGUAAAUCGUAAACUGUAAAUAAUAGGCGAAUGGUCAAAGUGCAUUCAAUCAGAUCUAUUGGCAAUUUGCAUUGAAAUUUCAGUUCUAAAGUACCAACACAUACGUGUCUUUCUGAUCUGAGCUGUUUCUUAGCUAUUCUGCGCGUAAUUUGAUACCUAGGUAUAUAAAGAAAAUGUUUCUAUACAAAAGCUUAGACAAGUUCGCGCAGCGGACUUCGCGUAACAUUAAGUUAUAUUUUAGUACUGAGCCUAAAAUGCGGGUGGAUUCGGUGUUAUUUCAGCUUGCGGUGACUUUGGGAGCCUGCUACUGCUCUACAAAUGUGUCUGUUCCUAAGGAUAAUCCAAUAGUCACAGUUAAACAGGGAAAAGUUAAAGGUGCAGUUAAAAGCCUUCCAGAUGGAAAGACAUAUUACAGCUUCAAGGGAAUCCCAUAUGCGCAACCUCCAGUGGGGAAUCUGCGGUUUCAGGCACCAUUGCCCCCAAAACCUUGGGAAGGGAUACGAGAUGCUACUGAACACGGGCCGGUUUGUCCACAAUAUGACAUGACCACAACAGAAUUUAUCGAAGGCAAUGAGGACUGCCUAUUUGUAAAUGUUUAUACAAAGAAUUUACGUCCAGAUGCAAAGCUUCCUGUCAUGGUUUACGUUCAUGGUGGAGCAUUCAUGUCAGGAUCCGGCAACACCGAUACCCAUGGACCUGAAUUCUUAUUACAACACGACGUUAUAUUAGUAACAAUGAAUUAUAGACUCGAGGUAUUAGGCUUUCUGUGUUUGGACACUCCUGAUGUUCCUGGAAAUGCUGGUUUGAAAGACCAAGUAGCUGCUUUACGUUGGUUAAGAGACAAUAUAGCUCAGUUCGGCGGGGAUAAAGAUCGAGUAACGAUAUUUGGUGAGAGUGCUGGAUCGGCUUCAAUUACGUAUCAUCUGUUAUCACCGAUGUCAAAAGGUUUGUUCCAUCGUGCUAUAUCUCAAAGCGGGGUUUGUUUCCAAGAUUGGGCUAUAGGCAAGGAACCGGUAGAAAGGGCGUUCAGAGGGGCAGAGGUGUUAGGAAAGAAAGUCAACAAUACAGACGAACUGGCGAAAUUUUUUAGAAGUUUACCUGCAAUUCAGUUGGCUAAACUCACGUUGAAAACCAGAACUCCUGAUGAGAAAUAUAGAGGUCUGCCAAUGCAUUUUGUACCGGUAGUAGAAAAGAAAUUCGAUAACGUGGAAGCAUUUUUGACAGAAGACCCGAUUGACAUGGUGUUACAUAAAAAAGUCAAUAAUGUUCCUUUUAUAGUCGGCUACAAUUCAGCUGAAGGUCUGCUCAUGCUCGAAGAUCAAUUAAAUAAAUCCAAAGUCAUGAAUGAAAUACCUUCAAAUCUUGUUCCUAGAGAAAUAGCAGAGAAGGUGACAGAAGUGAAGUUGAAAGAAUUUGGCGAAAGAAUAAAGAAGUUUUAUGUAGGUGACAAAGACUAUGGAAAUGAUACUGCAGAUGGAAUAGUUAAUAUGCAAACGGAUUUACAUUUUGCGUAUAAUACGCAUAGAUUUGCUCAGUUCUACAUCGCUACUGGCUCACCUCUAUACAUGUAUAGAUUCAAUUAUGAAACAGAUUUGAAUAUAGUUAAGACUUUCUCUGGAUUGAAAGAUAGAAAAGGCGCGUGUCAUGCUGACGAUUUGUUUUACAUUUUUUACAAUGAGUUCAAUAAAGAUUAUUAUGCCGAACAAGAAAGACUGAGGAAGAUCAUUUACGACUUGACCAAGUUGUGGGCUGAUUUUGCAAGAACAGGGAACCCAACGCCAGAUAAAUGUGAUGUGAAAUGGAAGCCAUACACGGCAGCAGGAAAAGAAUAUAUGGCACUAAAUGAGAAGAUGUCCCUUGGUCACUACUCGGAUCAAGACAGAACAGAAUUCUGGAACAAAUUGUAUUGCGAUGCUGGAAGGCCUUGCAUGACUAAGAGCAAUUUAUAGGUUAAGGAAAAUUAUGAUUCGAAGUUUUUAUAUUUUGUACUGUGAUUAGUAUAAGAGACUUUGAAUUUGAUAGUUACAGUAUCGGUUUUUGUCAUUGGCAUGACUAGGCUUUAUUGAGUCUUGAGAUGCAAUUAACAUUGCAACGAUAACUGUAUACGGGUUAUCAUGCGCGUACGCAGGUGAGUCCGCCAGGUGGGGGGGGGGGGGGGUCUAGAUUCAAUACAAGUAUACUUUUAUAUGUACUCGUAUUCGGGUUAAAUUAAAUUAAAUAAAAAUCGAAUGUACUUAUUUUAUAUAAAUUUUGUGGAAAGAUGAGUCAAAUUGCUAAUUGUAAAAUCUACAGAGGAGAAAAUGUAAGCAAACAAUAGUACAAUUUUUCACUGCUCUUCCUGUUGACUCUACCAAACAAAUGAAUGAAAUAAUAUGGGAACAAGCUGUAUUCGUUCCGUUUAUUUAUUUCUUUGUAAAUGAUUUUGUUAAACAUUCACAAUAAAAAGUAUGAAGAAUAGAUAAGUAAAAUUUAUUCUAACGGCUUUAUGCUGUCGGUCAUUUAUAUUUGUAAAUAAGCUGUAUUAUUAUGACUGAAUGAAAUGUUAAUAUUUAUAAUAUAUUUAUUCGAAUCGUCUGUGAUUGAUACCGUUUGGCAUAUAAUGCCAUUGAUUUAUAUAAAAAUGUUUUUAUUA